CCCAUUUUAAACAUCCUAGUAAAACCCAUCUCCCGAUCUUAAACCAUCGGUUGAUACCACCGACACGCGAACAAGACGACGACGCAGCGAUGGGAAAAACUUCGGGAGCGAAACAGGCGACUGUGGUGGUCGCAGCGAUGGCGUUAGGAUGGUUAGCCAUAGAGAUCGCUUUCAAGCCUUUCCUCGAUAAAUUCCGCUCCUCAAUCGACAAAUCUGACCCAACCAAAGACCCCGAUGACUUCGACACCGCCGCUACUGCAACCACAUCCAAAGAGGGUUUGUAAAAUUAGGGUUUUAUCAGAUUAAAGAGAUUUACUGAUUUCAAUCCAUUUCAUGUAACUGAUGAAUCCAUGUGUUCUUAAUCAUAACAGUUUGAGCAAUUUCUUUUGAGUCAUGAUCGUUUAUUUGUCAUCAAUUUUUGGAAAAGUCUGCUAUAUUGAAUCUGUUAUUGUAGUUCAAUCGCAUAACAGAAUCAUUAAUCUAAUCAAUAUUCAUACAUGAUUUGUUACACCGUUUUUCGUAUUUUGUAUAAAGUUUCGAGCUGUAUUAUUAAGGUGGAAGAAGAGAUUAGGAA